UUUUUUGCGAAAGCUUCAUUUUCAAGUCCUCGAGACCCGCGAUCUCCGAUUUUUUUCCCUUCCGAACAGGCCUUUUUGCCUUGAUCCGCAACCGAGCACGAAGCAUCAGCCGAUAUUUUUUUGGCUGACAGCAUUUGAUCGUAUCCCUUCGUCGAACCUUUCAGAUUCAAUCACAUAACACAAUGGCUUUCGGUGGUCCUCGUGGUGGUGGCCGUGGCGGUCCUCGCGGUGGUGGUGGUCGCGGUGCGCCCCGUGGUGGUGGUGCCCGUGGUGGUAGAGGCGGACUUGGUGCUCGCGGUGGAGGCCGUGGUGGCCGUGGUGGUCCCCGUGGUGGUGGUGGUCGUGGUGCCCCCCGUGGCCGUGGUGGCCGUGGUGGUGGCCGCGGUGGUGCUGGUGCUAAGGGUGGUGCUAAGGUCAUCAUUGAACCCCACCGUCACGCCGGUGUCUUCGUUGCCCGCGGUGGCAAGGAAGAUUUGCUCGUCACCAAGAACCUUACCCCCGGAGAGGCCGUGUACGGUGAGAAGCGCAUUGCUGUCGAGGGCCCUGCCGGUGAGGAUGGAGCUGUGACCAAGACCGAGUACCGUGUCUGGAACCCCUUCCGUUCCAAGCUGGCUGCCGGUAUCCUGGGUGGUCUGGAUGACAUCUACAUGCGCCCUGGCUCCAAGGUCCUGUAUCUCGGAUCCGCCAGCGGUACCUCCGUCAGUCACGUUGCUGAUAUCGUCGGACCUACCGGAAACGUCUACGCCGUUGAGUUCUCCCACCGUUCUGGCCGUGACUUGAUCGGCAUGGCUACCCACCGCACCAACGUUAUCCCCAUUGUCGAGGACGCCAGACACCCUCUCCGCUACCGUAUGCUCAUCCCCAUGGUGGAUGUCAUCUUCGCCGAUGUUGCCCAGCCCGACCAGGCCCGUAUCGUCGGUCUCAACGCCCACAUGUUCCUCAAGGAGGGCGGUGGUGUCAUUGUUUCCGUCAAGGCCAACUGUAUCGACAGUACCGCCAAGCCGGAGGUUGUGUUCGCUCGUGAAGUCCAGAAGAUGAGAGAGGAGAGGAUCAAGCCCCGGGAACAGCUGACCCUGGAGCCCUUCGAACGUGACCACUGUAUAGUGUCUGGUAUCUACAAGCGCUCCGCAUGAAUUUAAGAAACAAAAAGAAUCAGGUGGUUUUGCUCUCUCUCUCAUGUCUUAAUUAUUUAUGCUCUUUUACGGCGUCGAGUGUUCCGUGAUCUGUUGCCAUGUUUCUUUAUUUUCCUUCGUGUCCAUGUCCAGGUUUCUUAGAUGUAUUUCUUGAGUCAGAAAAUUUCCAGGUUUACGGUUUCUGCCCUACAAGAAUUGGCUGGACUAUACUUUAUAUCAGUAUACCUCAUCUUUCUAA